AUGAUUCUUGUCCUGCCAAGACUAUAUCUUGGUAACAUCAGUGAUGUUGAAGAUGUACAACAUUUACAAAAAACUGGCAUCACUCACAUAUUGACUGUAGACAGUGUACAACCUGAUCUAUCUUCAUUUCAGACAAAGUUUGUUAAUUUGUUGGACGAUUCCAGUGCAGACAUUUUGAGUUGCUUGCCUGAGUGCCUACACUUUUUGAAGGAAGCAUUAGCAAUGGCUGAGUCAUCUGUUCUUGUUCACUGCCAUGCUGGAGUUAGCCGAAGUGCUGCUGUAGUUGUAGCAUAUUUGAUGAACACAACAAGUUGUACUUAUGAAGAAGCAUACAGAAGACUACAGGACACAAAAUCUGAUAUUAGAAUCAAUGAGGAGUUUGUAAACCAACUAGCACUAUUUGAAGCAAUGGGUUGUGAAGUGGAUAUGAGCAGUGCAAGUUAUAAACAGUAUCGACUGCAGAAGAUAACGGAAAAAUACCCUGAAUUGCAAAAGUUGCCACGUGAAGUGUUUGCUUUGGAUCCUAGCUCCGUAACUCAAACUAAAGAGGUUCUGUAUCGCUGCAGGAAAUGCAGGCGUUCCUUAUUCCGUGCAGAAAGCAUUUUAAAUCACUCCUUAGGUGCUGGACCUGUGGCGUUUGCUCAUAAAAGAUUACCAGUGCUAAAUAGCUCAGACUCUGCCAAAUGCACCUCAUACUUUGUAGAACCUGUGCAGUGGAUGGAGGAAAGUCUUUUGGGAGUAAUGGAUGGGCAGCUCCUCUGCCCCAGAUGUCACUCAAAAUUGGGCUCAUUCAACUGGUAUGGAGAACAGUGUUCUUGUGGUCGGUGGGUGACUCCAGCAUUCCAGGUGCAUAAGAACAGAGUUGAUGAGGUGAAGCCUUUUCCUAUCUGUGGAAGGUGA